AUGAGUUUUCCAAAUUAAGAUUAUUUAACAAUGAUCAAAAACAAAUAGUAACAAUAGCAAUAGUCACCAUUAUAAUAAUAAUUUUGUUAUCCAAUGAUGUAAAAUAUUGUUAGAAUUUAAAGGUCUCCUUAACCUUGGAAUUAUUGGAUGAUGUAGCAACAAUAUUAGUAAAUUCCUUAGAUGUAGAUAUCUCCUAUAUUGUCCUAAUAGCAAAUGAUGUCUCCAAUCUCACCUUUAAAUGUAUCAAUGAUUCCUCCUUAAUUUUUGUUGCAACCUCAGUAAAAUUAAAGUAAAUUAUCUACUUCCCAAUCUUAACCACUCUAAAAUAAACAAUAUGUGGAAGUAAAUGGGACCAAAGUGAAAAUGUUUAUGAAAUUAAUCAAAGAUGAUGAUGAUAUGUUGGAUUAUGAUGAAAUAAAAAGAGAAAAAUUAAAAAAAGUCAAUUUGACAAAUAAAAGGAAAUGA